AACGACCCCAAGAUCACAUGCAGUGAGGAUCUAGCAACAAUGAUUGCACAACUUGCGUCUACACACUGUCGCUCAUCUGCCCACAAUCCUCUCAACUGGUUGCAAGAUAUCGCCAACCAUGUGCAAAUGCUGUUGGUAGAAGACGAGUCGCUAAUUUCUGUUGUUGUGAGAUGUCGAGGGAUUGCAAGUAAGGAUGUCCGCAUUAACUUCCUGGUCAUGGUGAACUACAUGACUCUUGUCUGCAAGUGCCAAAGCGUACGCCUCAAGACUGGUCUUCACUUGACAGACAUAUACAAGAAAGAAAUCAAACCAAAUGCCUCAGUUAGGGUGAUCUCUUACCGAACUUUUGCAGAAUGGCACGCAAUUGGCUGCAAGUUCAUUGCCAUUGCCUGUGGUGGUUCCAUUUAUUCCUUGGUACUUAUCGCCAGUCUGGGGCUCAGGGUUGCUGUCGCAUCUAUGGUAGGGACUAUGCAUUUGAAUUUAGCAAAUAUGCUAUGUUCGCCACCACCAAAUUCUCCUGAAAGAAAACUUAUUGUGGAAUACAUAGCACCCACAAUCACUCGCAUGCAUCUCAUGUCCCCACUCGCCAACACAAUGUUCUCUCCUUCACUAAUCACUAGAUUCGCAGUGUCAAAGUCAGUCGACUGCACUGACCUCUCAGUGUCUGACUGUUUCUUUGACGCUAUAAUCCAAAACUCAAGUCGCCCUUACAGUCCACCACUGUCUGAUGUAGAGGAGGACAAAGGUCACGAGGCUCCAACAGACAUCCAACCAUGGGCAUUAGAAAAAGAAGGCAUGCGCACCAAUCACUCGCAGGUAAUCCCCUACCUAUCCAAAGAUUUGCAUGAACACCGUCACAUCUAUGGUACAAUUUCAAAGUUAUAUGAAGAGUUGUUUGAGUGGGUUCGAAAAUUGAUGGAGACCUAUCUGCAGGAGGAAUUUGAGCUGCUGAUGGAAGUCAUGGCAGUCUUGCCUGGAAACUGCUCUCCCCCUGUUGCGCCCUUCAUAUCUUUGAUCAUCAAUAUCAAUGUGUGCACAAAAGCCCAUAGAGACAGCCUGGAUCGCCAUCUAUGUCUUGUCAUUCCCAUUGGUCAUUUUGAAGGCAGGGCCUUGUGCCUACUGGAGAACUGA